AUGACAAGGUUGGGUUUGGCGACGCUUGUUCGUGUUAUUAUUUGGAAUGCAAACUUUAUGGAGAGUCUAGGGGAAUUGAAAGUUCGAUCUUCAUCCGAAGAUUCGUCUCGUAGUGAUUUAAUUGACUCAUUAAGUAUUUAUCGCACGAUGGAUAAAUUGGGAGAUAAUCGCGUCGGUAUUGCUGACACAGUCGACUGCGUCCUAGUUUACGAAUGGAUCAGGAUACUUUAUGAAGUUGUGUGUCUUGUGAUAUUGAAUUUCACUUUCACAAUUAUACCAUCUAAUCAUCCUGUUCUUGGAGAAAUAAUACACUUGGAGCUUCUAAUGAAAGCGUCGGAAUACGGUGUAGAUGAUGCGACAAAACUAAUUCGUCGUCGCCUUCGUUUAAGAGUUGCUUCGAGAGGAGGUAGGGGACAUCAUCGUAAUGGAAAGCGCAUGUUGAUAUUACAUCAUACACUUAUAAGAAAACGGUUCAAUUGCCAAUUACUUGGCGUGCUCAACAGUUCUUUGGAACAGAAAUAUAAUAAUCAAUCUCAAUCUUUUGAUCCUUCAGUAGAAUUAAAGAAAUAUGGAACCCAAAAUUUAUAUUCCGUAUCAAGGGAUAUCUCCUGGUCGAGAAAUGGUAUACCAUAUAGCUAUGAUUUACUGUUGGAGAUAGUAUGGGAGAGAUGGUGA